AUGCCGGGAAAGAAGGGAGGCAAGAGACGAGGCAAGAAGGCCGUGAAGAAAGGAGAUGAUACCCAAGCAGAAUCCGACAUCAGCUACACCUCCAAUGUCUGGCAGAAACGUGUCGUCGCCAGUGAGAUCUUCAUCAAUCCCACUGUCACCACCGGCGAAGGCAGCCGCAAGCUCAUUCAGAUUGCCAACCAAGGAGUCCUGACGGUGUUGCAGAUGACCGAGUUUGCCGCUCAAACCCGAGAGUCGGUCCACGGGUUCACCGACGCUGACCACGAUCACCAAUACAUCUACUAUUCCUCGCUGCUCGGAAAUAUCUCGAAACGAAGAGAACAGGGCGCCCAAUUCAACGAGAGACAGGUCCAUCGCGAGCUGGACAAGAAACUCGAACGCUACGAGCUGCAGAAACUCCGCUACCACGCCGCGACCAAGCUCUCCAACGACUUGGUCUACAAAUUCGAGCAACUCGGCAAGGUCGCGCAGAGUCUGUUGACCAGCCAAGAAGAGCUCGGCGAGGAGAUCGCCGUGACCGACUCGGGCAGGAAGAAGAUCGUGGUCAGCGCCAAAUGUAUCGACGCGUUGUGGAAGGAUAUCAUUACGACGCAUACGCAGCUCAAGAAGUUGCAGGACAACAUCGCCACGACCAAGAUGACCCUCCCGCCUGUUCCGGGUCGCUUGAAGCCUGGCGAGAUUGACCGUGGUGAAGAUGAGGCAGGGAACAAGCUUGGCAGCGAGACCGUGUGGGUUUACGAUCCUACGAACAUGGUUGGUGGGGACAAACUCGUCAUUGGCACAGAUGGUGAAAUAGAGGGCCUGGACGCGGAUGAGUCGGGUCGAACCGGUCCUGAAGCAGCGCCUUCAUCACCCGAUGAGAGCACCUUGGUUGAGGAGUUCGAGGACCAGUGCCAGAUCAGUUCCCCUUCUGGGUGUGCCGGACCCGCCAGCUUCACAGAUGCUCCUGCCACGCCGGAUACGGAGGACUCAAGCAAGGCAACCCAUGAAGAGAAGAGCAAGCGAGCAGAUGUCAAGCGUGGUGGCAAGCGCAAAGCCGAAGAGGAAGAAUCUGCAGUUUCCAAGGACGGUGCGGAGGUGCAGGAUGAAGUGGACGAGAGUGACAGCGAGGUGUUGUUCAUCUGCGAGUGA